AUGAGCUCCCGAGUGUGCCAGACCUGUGGGGGGUCCGACAUCGAUGUGGACCAGGCCCGGGGCAGCGCCGUGUGUACGGGCUGUGGUUCGGUUCUGGAGGACAACAUCAUCGUGUCAGAGGUCCAGUUUGUUGAGGGAAGUGGAGGCGUGUCUUCCACCGUGGGACAGUUUGUCUCUGCAGAUGGUCCAGUUAAAGCUCCUCUUCUUGGUUCUGCAUUUCACAUCAGCGUUGGGAAGGAGUCCCGAGCUCAGACCCUGCAGAGCGGGAAGCGUCAGAUCCAGCAGCUCGGCAGUCAGCUUCAGCUCAACCAGCACUGUCUGGAAACGGCCUUCAACUUCUUCAAGCUGGUGGUCAGCAAACACCUGACCCGUGGGCGCAAGAUGGAGCACGUCAUCGCCGCCUGCCUCUAUUUGGUGUGUCGCACAGAGGGCACGCCCCAUAUGCUGCUGGACCUGAGCGACCUGCUGCAGGUGAACGUUUACAUUCUGGGAAAAACAUUCCUAUUGCUGGCGAGGGAGCUCUGCAUCAACGCGCCUGCCAUUGGGUCCUAG